AACAGUAACUUUGUUGUGUUUGUGGAAAGAGGAAAACUUGAUAUUUUUCGAUAUUUUUAAUUAACAACCAUUCAAUUACACGUGAAAUGAGAAAAGUAACAGCUUAAUUUAAAAAUAAAUGAUUUUAUCUAGAGAAAUUGUGCAUCUGUAGCCGUAGUCAUUUUCACCUUGAAGAAAAGGUAAUAUACUAUUAAAAUAAUCUGCAUUUCCUGUGGAUAUCCUGUUUCUCAUUGAGCUACCACUUAGACGUCUUUUUUGAAAAUGAAAACCUGAUACCGUGUGAAUUUGAACUCAUAUGAAAUAAGACAACUCAGUGAAAAAUGUCAGAAGAAGGAUUGGACUGGUUAGGAAGUAUAUUAUCUGAAGUUCAAUUGAGCCAGUUUUUGGUUCCUAUUAGAGAUGACUUGCAGAUAUUAAGGUUGGAGCAUUUUGACUUUGUAACUGCUGAAGAUCUGGAAAAUAUUGGACUUAGCAAACCAGGUGGUAGAAGAUUGUUAGAGGCAGUAAAGAAGAAAAGGGCUCACCAGAAAAAGAGGAAUUUAAUAAAUAAAUUUAUACCUGUUUCAAACAAAAACCAUACAAACAAAAAGCAUGAUGAAGUUGUGGUUACUGAUUUUACCUCAUGUUUAAUCCAAGAAAGUAACAUUACUUUGUCUGUCAAAUUAGGAGAUGGAAGUUUUGGAGUUGUUAAAAGAGGUGAGUGGUUGAGUCCAAAUGGCAAAUCUAUUCCAGUUGCUGUAAAAGUACUCAAAGCGGACGCUUUAAGUCAACCAGGAAUCUUCGAGGACUUUAUAAAAGAAGUUCAAGCAAUGCAUGUUCUAAGUCAUCAGAAUUUAAUCAGGUUAUAUGGAGUAGUUCUUUCUCAGCCGAUGAUGAUGGUAACGGAACUAGCUCCUUUAGGCUCUCUAUUAGAUUUUUUAAGAAAACAAUGCCAACAUACUCCCGUUCCCAUGCUUUGCGAAUAUGCAACUCAGGUAGCAAACGGUAUGGCUUACCUCGAAAACAAAAGGUUUCUGCAUAGGGAUCUUGCAUGUAGAAAUGUUUUGCUAUCAGCCGUUGAUAAAGUAAAAAUAGGAGAUUUUGGACUGAUGCGGGCACUUCCUCAAGAAGAAGACUGCUACGUAAUGACAGAACAUAAGAAAGUCCCUUUUCCAUGGUGCGCCCCAGAAUCGUUAAGGUUUCGACAGUUCAGCCAUGCCUCUGAUACUUGGAUGUUUGGGGUGACUGUCUGGGAAAUGUUCACAUUUGGAGAAGAUCCAUGGAUGGGUUUGAUCGGUUCUGAAAUCCUGCGUAAGAUAGAAAAAGAAAACGAACGACUAUCAGCUCCCGAAGCCUGUCCACCGCCAAUUUACACAAUUCUUCUCCGUUGCUGGGCAAAAAAUCCUCAAGAUCGUCCCACCUUCGCUUCGCUCAAGGAUUUCUUUCGAAAGAAUAUGACUCCAGUAAUGAAAGCCAUGGGCCGACAAGAAGAACCUGGCAAACUAAAAUUUGAAGAGGGCGAUGAAAUUGCCAUUAUAGAUGGUAGUGCUGAGUUGUACUGGUGGAAGGGUCAACAUCAACAGACAUUUGAAAUUGGACUGGUACCUAGAUGUUUGGUAGAUCCGAUGAGGCCGAAGCAACCAGAGGAUAUUAGCAAACCGCUUCAACAUUCAUUUAUCCAUACCGGUCAUGGGUCUGCAUUCGGAGAAUCAUGGGGUAGCCCUUCUCAUAUCGAUGAAAUGUACCUGCAAAACCCAAUGGAUCCACCUGACGUCAUGGGUCUGCAGAGGCAGCCCAAACCGUUACCUGAACUCUGUGAUAGAAGGAAAUCUUCAAAGAAUUGUUUAAAUGGUUCAUUGCGACGACCACUAGAAAACCAGUUUAACUACAAAAAAUUAACAAACCAAGAAAGCUUUAAAUCAAAGAAACCGCAGAGGCCGCCAGAUCCAAAGAUAGAUACAAAUAGAGAAGGGGUUUUGGUUGACAUAUCACCGGAAGAUGCUCCCGUUCUAAGAAAGAAGGAAGUAGUCACUAGUAGACCGGAGUCUCGAGCUGUAUCUUUGCUGGAUGAGCCUAUAGAUGUACCUCAACAAGAUAAUAUCUGGCCUGACGAAUCUCCACCUAAAAAUAUGGAACUGGCUCCUCCUCCAUACAAUUCGCCACCUUCCUACUACAAUACAACCGCCUUUGCUACUCCCGAACCUACAUUAGAUCCCUUUGACACCAGAACAGUAUUUCAACCUGUUAGUCCCCAAAAAUCGCUCUCUCCGACUACUUCCACACCCACAAGCACUUUUAUCGAUAAGAUCACUCAAAAUUUAUUCGAUACCAGUCCGAGUAGGAAUUAUACUAGAACUCAGAAUGCAAAUUAUAGCACCAGUACCAAAGUACUCCAGAAUCUUUUUGAAUCCAGUCCUAGCAAAAACGCAGAACCAAAGGAGAAUUAUGUUCAAGGGGAUAUAUCUAAUAGGAGUUUUAAUUAUUUCAGAACAGACAUUACAGAGAAAGACACGAAUAUAAUUACUUUAAAACAGACUUCUACAGCUCAAAAAAAUUUGACCUCAUCCUUUAACAAGACUGAUAAUAAUCUAGAAAAUGAUCUGUUGCUCUUAAAGUUAGAAUCUCCAGAGAAAAAUGAAGACCAAAAGAAGUUUUUAGCCGAGUUAGAGAAGUGUUUGCUGGGGAAAGACAAUGAGAUACCAGUUUUAGAUCCACCACAACCAGUUAGGAAAGAGAAAAACAGUAAUGGGGUGGCAGGGGCGUUUCCAAAAGUACAAAAUAAAACAUAUUCUAAUAUAGGAGAUUUCUACGGAAAAACUUUUGACAAUUCUCCGCAGAAAAACGAUACGGCAUCUGUGAUAAACAAGAUCUGGUGUGAAUCGACGAAUAACGGAAAUAUGAAACAAAAUAAUAAGAAUAUACAAAUGGACAAUCAAAAUAAAAUUGAAAAUGUUGCGGCCAAUGGAGAUGUUGAUCCAUAUCGGUCGACGAGAAGAUAUGAUCCUGUGUAUUCCUCUACAAACUCCGUUUUCGGAGGGGGGAAUUAUUAUGAUUUAACACCGGAGGCAUCUGGUUCAAAUCAGAAUCUCUACAAUCAUCUUCCACAAACAAUCCACAACAACAUCACGUCUUCAUCACAGUUAACCACCACAAACACACUAUACAAAACAAACAACUACAAUAACUCAGCGGUUGUUCAGCGAGAUCCAUACUCUUCAACCAAUCUGUACAAUAACCAAUCAGCUGCGUACGGUUAUAGUAGUGUCGCCGGUAGUAUUAGUGGAAGACCGUAUGAAGAAGUCGGGAGGCAUUACAGUGAAGUAACUGGUAAUAGUUUGUACCACGAAAUACCAGACAAUGUAUAUAACGAUGUAACUGAUGAUUCUUUGAAACCUCAUAGGCCCGCUCCGACAAAACCGGGAAAUUUGCAGCCUUUAAGUAUGCAACAAAUACAGAGGAAGAUUCAGCAAGGUCAAUUGACUGCGGACGCAGAAAGGUUAAUGACACCUGAAUAUAGAAGCAAUAAAAUUAGUCAAGUGAGAGAUUGUAUACCCGAUGUAGACAUUGAUGAAUGUCUAAACGUACUGCAGGCCAGCGGUUGGGAUGUUGCCUUUGCUAUUAAAACUUUAAAAAUUAACAAAUUAGUUAGGUUAGGAGUAGCAGAUAGUAGCCGAUGCGAGACAGCUUUACAACAUACCAAUUGGAACGUUGAAUUGGCAGCAUCAGCUAUACUUGACCUUUAGUACUGUUAGGAAAUACGUUAAAUAUGAAAUGUAGUUAGGAGUCACUGAAGAUAUUCGAAAAGUCACUAGUCGUACGAUAAGUUCUUUCCCUAGGACCUCAUGAAAAAUAUUUUUUUUAUAUUCAUUAAUUUGUAUAUAUGUACUUAUAUGGUCCAGCCAUGUUUACAUCACAAUAAAUAAAUAAGUCAAUAGAUUUUGUCCUACAAAAAUAAUUUUUUAAUUUUGAAAUAAUUUUUAAUUGAUUUAGUUUAGAGGUGCUAUACACUGUUUUUUUUUUUCGAAUUACAAACUAGCUUUUAGUAAUCAUGAAGCCUUGUACUAACUUUUAUAUUGCAACAAAUUAAUCAUUUGUGCUAUUCAAGAUAAUAAUAUAAUCCACAGAUCGCACUGCUAACGUUUGUUGGCCUUUAAGUUCUAGUGACUAGAAAAUGUUUUUACUUUUUAAAUUUACUACACUCAAGUAGAUGAGAAAUACUUUUGAAUUAAUUUUGAAAUAUUUUUUUUGUUUUUGAUAGAUUGAAACAAGGAAUUAACUAGAUUUAUACUGAUGGAUCAAGGUAGAAUGAUACUUUACAUGUUAAUGUCGAGAUUUUUCAAAAUAGCGGAUUUACAUAUAUGAGUAUAAUUCUAUCUGCCUCAUAUAUAUUCAGCCAGUUCAGUCGGAUGACACAUAAUAAAAAAAGUUGAGACAAGAAUAGGUUAUAUUAGGGGAUCAGCUCUUGUCUUUUUUUUUAAAUAAUUCUCCUUUCUUAUGCUUUUUGUUGAAAAACAUCCAAAACCUAGACUCGUUAUAUAAAAUUUAGUACAAGCUCUACAGUUUAAUAAAAAUGUUAUCUGAACAGCGGAAAUUCUGUCUAGUCUAUUACUGAUAUUUAUUUUUAAAAUUAACAAUUUGUAUAUAUUAUGAAAAUGGCAACCAGAAGGGUAGAAUUUAUUAUACAACUAGAUAUUAAUUGAAGAGGAUUUUCUAACGUCAUCACAUAAUUACUCAAUUAAUUAAGCAUUGUUAGAUAGUACACGUGCCAAAGGAAAUCUAGUUAAAAUAGUGCGUUCUGAUUUAUUCAUGUGAAUGAAUCAGCAGAAAAAGUAGGACAAAAUAAAAGUUUAGCCAGUUUAAUAUUAGCGUAAUUUAUAAAUUUAAGACUUUUUGAUCAAAUGGUACACAGUACUUUAGCAUUUUUUCUGAAAUAUUCGUUGAAAUGUUCUGACAUUAAAAAUAAUUAUGAAAAUAUACGAUAGUUUAAAAAACCAUUGAUAGUACUGAAUUAACAAAGUGCAAGAAUCGCCUGUUAAGAUAUAAAUUUUAUGGCUAAUAGAUAUUACAAGGCAAUAACAUCUGUUACAAAUUGAAACAUUAAUUUUAUUAAAAUAAAUCGGCGAGUCGCGCAAGUGGAAAGUUAUAUCUUUAAAUGGCCAAAUUGGAAUGAGUUAGAAAUAAAUAUAAGCGGAUAGUACUUCAGUACGAUCAUUCACGAUAUUGAACCGGUAUCAUAUAAAAAGUAGAAUUAUGAAAAAUGAUUAAAGACCGAAAUGUCAAAGCAGCAAAAAUGGAACAUGACAAAUCGAGAAAAAUUUUAAAGUACAAACAACGGAAUAGAAAAUUAAACUGUUGAAACUAGUUCGAAUAAGAUACGGAAAGCUUGCUUAUGUG